AUGCCGCCAGUACCAACAACCAAAGACGUCAUCCCCGGCGCAAGCGUCAACAUCGUUUUGAAAAAAGAUCAGCCAACCGGUCGCACAGUCGCUGGCACGGUGGCCACAUUGCUCACGCGGGGAAACCACCCGCGCGGCAUCAAAGUCCGGCUUACGGAUGGCCGGGUCGGGAGAGUCCAAUCUAUGGCAAGUACAGCGUCAGCUAGUGGACAGACCGAAUCUUCUCCAGCGACAGGGCCUGUAAAUACAACUUUCCGCAACACUGGGUCGAGGUCUCGGGAUGCUCCGGAGCCCCCCACCCAGGCGAUUGGGUUGGAUGCGUACAUCACGAAGCCACGGCGGAGAGGGAAGGGCGGGAGUCGUGAAAACGGCCUCGAAGGGGCCCAGGAAGAGCAGGUCGUUGAAACUGUGGUUGUGGUCUGUCCGGUCUGUGGUGACUUUGAGGGCGACGAGGCAGCCGUUGCACACCAUGUCGCCGGGCAUUUCGAGGAUUGA